AUGACAUAUUUCUUUUGCAAUGACUGCAAAGCAUGUACCCCAAUAGUCAUUGAUAACAGGUUAGGCCAAACUAUAUGUUCUAUUUGUGGUCUUCUUUUGGAUCAAUUCCAUCUCGUCUCCGUUAAUGAGACCUCGGAAUUCGAAAAUGAUUCUAACACUAAUCCUGAUACAAUCGGCGGUCCGACGAAUGAUAGUAAUAGAAUCGAAUCUGAUGCCAAUCCUAGUCCUGAUAAAAUCAGUGACCCGAGAAACGAUAGCAUUUUGAAAUCUGGAAUUGCAGACUCAAAAAUAAUCUCUAGAAACAAGAAAACUGAUCGCCUUUCAGAUGGAUUUGAAAGAAUUGAAUCAAUGGCUAAGAAAUUAUCUCUGGAUUCCGCGAUUACACAUCGUGCUAAAAAAAUCUUCAAGAAACUUUACGAGAAUCAUCAUUCUCGAGGGAAGAGUAAUGAUAUAUUUCCGGCUGCUUGUAUAUUCUUCGUUUGUCGACAAGAAAAGAAUCCACGAACAUUGAAAGAGAUUUGUUUCGUUUUGGAGGAUGGAAUUAGUGCGAUGAAAAGUAUCGUGAAGGAGAAUUCAUACAUUGAGCAUCAUUUAAACAAAAAUACGCCUGUGAUUGGUGAAAAUAAAAUUGCGAGUGCUGCCGAUUAUGUAAAAAGAUUUUGUACUAAUUUAGGUAUUUUGUAUGACCGUGAUAUAAAAGCAGCAUUUGAGGCGGCACAAAACUCAGAAAAGAUUGAUAUUAGGAGGAGUCCACCGUCAUUGGCUGCAGCUAUGAUUUACAUUGUUUGUUUCUUUUUGAAAAAGCCGAAACCACUAUCAUUGAAAAAUAUUGCGGUUGUUAGUAGUGUUGCUGAGGGAACCAUUAGAAGUGUUUGUAAAGAUGUUAAGCCUCAUUUACCCAAGAUUAUUCCUACUUGGUUUGCUGAGAAAGAUGAAUUAUUGAAGGCUUCUUUCCCUGAUAGUAUAUAG